AUGCCAAAACCACAUCACUUAACACCUUAUAUAGAAAUUCUUAAAGAAAAAGCAAAUGAUUAUAAUUACAAAGCAAUUUGCUUAGCAUGUAUUGAAUUUAAAGGAAAAGUAUAUGCACUCGAAGAAAAAUUUACAAAUAUCAAAAAAUGUUGUCGCGAUCAUUUUAAAAAAUGUCCUUGGUUUAAGCAAAAAUAUGGAGAACAAGCAACAAAAAUAAUUGAUGAUACUGAUA